AAUAUAUUUCAGAUUCUGCUAAGAGGUCUGUAGAAAGCUGCAAUCAUGAAGAUUUUAAUCUUGCUUGUAUGUCUGCAGCUCUCAGAGUCGCUCAUAAGAGUUCCUCUAACUAAAGGCAAGUCUAUCCGGCAAAAUAUGCGUGAAGCUGGAGUUCUGAACAAGUACAUGCAGACACACAAGAUUGAUCUGUCUGACCGAUUUACAGGAUAUGCUGUCGCUUCCGAAUCAAUGUAUUUUGAUACUUACUACUACGGACAAAUCAGCAUUGGAACCCCACCCCAGAACUUCCUGGUCUUAUUUGACACUGGCUCUUCCAACCUUUGGGUUCCCUCAACCUACUGCCAAAGCACAGCUUGUACAAACCAUCAUGUGUUUAAUCCAAGCCAGUCCUCCACCUACUCUUCCAACGGCCAGCGCUUUACUAUGGGAUAUGGAGGUGGAAAUGUUGCCAGCAGUGUCACUGGUGUGUUUGGCUAUGACACUGUGACUAUUCAAGGUAUUUCUAUUGCUAAUCAAGAGUUUGGGUUGACUAUUACUGAGCCUAGCUCCAAUUUCUACUACUCUCCAUUUGAUGGAAUAUUGGGGUUGGCUUAUCCUGGCCUGUCUGUGGGAGGAGCUACUACUGUUAUGCAGGGAAUGUUGCAGGAGAAUGUGUUGAAUCAGCCUAUUUUCAGUGUCUUCUUGGGAAGCCAAUCAGGUGAAGUUAUUUUUGGAGGGGUAGACAGCAACCUGUACACUGGACAAAUCUACUGGGCUCCUCUCUCACAAGAACUCUAUUGGCAGAUCCCCCUCCAAGAGUUUUCCAUUAACGGACAAGCUACUGGUUGGUGUAGCCAAGGCUGUCAAGCUAUCGUAGACACUGGAACCACACAGCUCAACAUCCCACAACCAUACAUGGGGCAGCUGCUGCCAUACCUUGGCAUCCAACAAACUCAAAAUGGAGGGUAUUAUGUCAACUGCAACAAUCUCCAGAAUAUGCCAACUCUCAGCUUUACCAUCAAUGGAGUGUCCUUACCUCUACCUCCAUCUGCUUACAUUAUACAGGAAAAUGGAUAUUGCUAUGCCAACUUCUUGAGCAUUAGUCUUCCUGCUCAGAAUGGGGACCCCUUGUGGAUUCUAGGAGAUGUAUUUCUUAGGCAAUAUUAUUCCAUCUAUGACUUUGGAAAUAGCCGUGUUGGCUUUGCCUCAGUAGCAUAAUUUGCUUGCUGUUAACAAUGAGUUAAUAAAACUGACGACAUCACAAGAUCUCUGAGUGAGGAAGGAAUCAUCAUACUCUGGGCUUGCUGAUUCCUUUAUGUCUUUGUAGGGUCACUAAUCUUUAAAAAAAUAAAA